AUGGAGGAAAGUUCAGUUCAAGUUGUUCGACUCAGCGUCGAUGGUCGUUUUGACGAGCCCUUGGGCCUCGGCAACCCCCUUCCUACACUUGCCUGGACACUUUCUCAAAGAAGUGGCUGCAGUGAUCUCGUCUGCCCUGGGGACCGACAGACCGCGUACAAUAUUCAAGCCGCCGCUACUGUUGCCGAUCUCGAUGCGAUGAAGUUGAUCUGGGACUCUGGAAAGGUCGCCGCCAACCAGCAGCAUGCACGUUUUGGAAAACGUCUUGGGUCCAGAGAAUCAGUUGCCUGGAGACUGCGGGUUUGGGAUGCCCUCGGAAACCCCUCGAGCUGGUCGAAACCCUCGACGUGGACCACAGGUUUGCUCAGCAAGGAGGAUUGGGGUGAAGCCCGCUGGAUUGACUAUCCCGAUCGCACCAACAGUCAACCAUUACCCCUCUUCCUCAGGGAAUUUACCAUUCCUAGUGAUAAGGAAGUGGUCGACGCUCGUUUUUAUCUAUCGGGAGUUGGACUUCACCACGCCACCGUGAACGGAGAGCAAGUCACAGAUGAGGUCCUGGCCCCGGGCUACUCCAACUACCAGCUGUCGAGCGAAUAUCGCACCUAUGACAUCAAGACUAUCCUACGCGCUGGACUCAAUUCCAUCGCCGUCCGCCUGGGCAAUGGCCCAGCUUAUAUACGUUCGGAUGUCACGAAUCCGGCUGUUGGGCGCAAUGCCCCUUACGCAUGGUGGCAGAGCCAACUCAAGGGCAGCAGCACCCUCGAUCAGAGCGUGCAAGCUGGAGCUACCUCGGUGCAACUCAAUAACGUCACUGGAUACCAUUUGGGCGGCACCAUCAACAUCGAUACGGCGGCGGGCGGCGACAAUCUUGAGUCGCGCACCAUUGCCAGUAUCGACAACAAGACUUUGAGCAUAACCUUCGAUCCUAGUUUACUUCAUUCUCAUGAAGCUGGUUCGAAGGUAACUGGUUCCGGAAACAACAUCGCUGCCAGAGAUCCCUCGGCCGGUGCUGCUGUUACCCCCCGCCUAAUCGGCCGCUUAGAGAUCACCUACGCAGGCGGAAGCAACGAUACCAUCGUUACCGACCGAUCGUGGCGCACAGCACUUGGUCCUCUUGUCCUUGAUGCGUGGUAUUCUGGCUCCGACUACGAUGCUCGUCGUGAGCAGCCGGGAUGGGAUCUUCCCGGCGCCAGCCUUAACAUGACGGGCUGGAUUUCAGCUGGGAUUGCUCCGCCUCCGAACCUCGCCACAAAGCUAGUGGCUCGAGCUGCUGAGUACGUCAAAAUACAAGAACGCAUCACGCCUGUAUCGGUCACCAACCCUGCUCUUGGAAUCUGGGUUUUCGACUUUGGUCAGAAUUUUGCCGGAUGGGCCCAGAUCAAUCUGCCUGAGCUUCCUGCCGGUGUAGUUGUUAAGGUAUCGCCCGCUGAGUCUCUCAACGCCAACGGCACUAUUGAACAGUCAUCGCUGGGCCCCGGAACCCGUGGGACCGACUUGUUCUAUACUUACACAACGGCGGGGCGCGCUGGCGGAGAAACUUGGCAUCCUGAGUUCAACUACUUCGGCAUGCAAUGGGUUCAAGUCACUGGACUCCCCGACAGCUUUGAGCCACAACCAGACUUGAUUACUGGCAUUCGCUUGCAGACAGAUGUCCCGGUCAGCGGAACCUUCAGUUCUUCCAACAGCCGCAUCAACAGGAUUCAUAAGAUGUCUCGGUAUUCGUUCGCAAGCAACCUACUGUCAGUGUUUACUGACUGCCCUGGAAGAGAGAAGCUGUCGUAUCCUGCCGACUAUACCAUGCCCAUGGGAGCUAUCUACCGCAAUUUUCACGUUGACGCCCUUUUGCGAACCAGCAUGCAUCACUUGGUGGAAGGUCAAUCUGUUGCAAAUACACCAAUGUAUGGUAACGUCGCUCUCAAAACACCUGUCUAUGACUGGGGGUAUACCGGUCGUUUCGGUGACGAGAUCAACUGGGGUAAUGCGAUCGUUCUUGUACCAUCUUUUCUCUACGAUCUCUACGGUGACACGACCAUCAUGGCCGAGUACUACGACCAGAUGACCGACUUUAUCGACUACAUACAACGCGAAAAGGCCGACGGCUACAUCGUCGACGCAGCUCUGGCUGACUGGGUAGCAGACGAUGCCUCGACCUCUGGUCGCAUCACUGGUACAUGGGGCUACUAUCUUACUACUCGAGCAAUGGCCCGGAUAGCCAACCUCACAGGACAUGAAGCCGAUUCAAGUCGUUAUACGACAUUAGCAGAGAAUAUCCAUGCUGCAUUCAACGCUGCUUUCUGGAAUGACGCCAGUGGCCGGUACACAAAUACUGGUAAUAACGGGACUAGUAAUGCUACCCAAGCUACACAAGCACUUGCAUUAGAUGCUGGCCUCGUUCCAGAGGACCGCCGUCAGCAGGUUCUUGACGCUCUUGUGGAGCUCAUAUGCUCCUACCCAUUAAGCACAGAUCGGAAUCCUCAUUUAAGCGGUGGUCACUUGGGUUUGGGACCUAUUAUAAGAGUACUUUCCGCCAGCGGCCGUGACGAUGUUCUCUGGGAAUCUCUACAAGAGAACGAUAAGCCCAGUUAUGGCUUCUUCCUAGCUUCGACGACGGCCAACCCAGAUGGCUUCACUACGGUCGGCGAAAACUGGGACCGCUCCUCGUCCAAAAAUCACAUGAUUCUAGCACAAAUCGAUGAAUGGUUCUAUGCUGGAAUAGCGGGUAUCCGUCCCAAUGCACUCAACACAGUCAGCUCCACGUGGGAGAAUCAUCUUGUGUUCCAGCCAAAACCGAUUGGUGAUCUGGUCGCCGCUACCGGGACCUUUGAAACGCGUUGGGGGAAGGCACGCAGCGAAUGGAACAAGACGGCUGAUGGCCAUUUCACAUUGGAGGUCACGGUUCCAUGCAACACCCAAGCUGAGGUUCGUUUACCAGCAGCGGGUGAUUUACAGGCCUCGGUCCGUGCCAGGUGGGAUGGAAAUGCCAAUGGUUACGCAUAUUUCACCGUUCCCGCGGGGAAGCACAGCUUCAACACUACAUUCAGAACACAGUUCCUCGUUGAUAUUGAAUGA